AUGAAGCUCACAUCCAUAUCUUUUUGGGGACUUUUAUUGUUACUUUCGGUUGAUCUUAUAUAUGGAGGAACGGAUUAUUAUUCAAUUUUAGAUGUUCCUCGUUCAGCAACAACUAGAGAAAUAAAAAAAAAGUAUAAACUUUUAUCAAAAAAAUACCAUCCCGAUAAAAAUCCUGGAGACAAGGAAGCGGAACAAAAAUUUGUUCAAUUAGCGCAAGCAUACGAAGUUUUAUCGGAUGAUGAAAAACGUUCGAUAUAUGAUAAAUUUGGUGAAGAAGGAUUGAAACAUAAUACGGGAGGUCAAGACUUUCAUAAUCCUUUUGACAUUUUUGCUCAAUUCUUUGGUGGUUCAGGACAUUUUGGAACUCAAAUAGAAGUUGAUGUUUCAAAACAAGUUAUAUGUGAACAAUGUAGAGGAACUGGUGCAAAAAGUGCAGAUGAUUUAAUAACAUGUUCGGCUUGUAAUGGGGAGGGUAUGAAAGUGGUUAAACAAAUGCUUGGACCAGGGAUUUUUCAACAAUUUCAUUCAACAUGUGAUAAGUGUGGUGGGAAAGGAAAAAUGAUAAAAACAAAAUGUCCGAUUUGCGAAGGGAAAAAAGUUCGUCGUACGACUGAACAAUUAAACGUUAUCGUUGAUGCUGGAAUGGUAGAUGGUGGUGAUGUGAAAUUUGAGAAAGAAAGUGAUGAAGCUCCCGAUACAAUACCCGGUGAUAUUAUAUUUAAAAUAAAAACUCUCCCUCAUCCACAAUUUGAAAGAAACGGUGAUGAUUUAUAUACAAAAGAAACAAUAUCAUUAAUUGAUGCAUUAACGGGUUUUGAAAAGAAUUUCACACAUCUUGAUGGAAGAACAGUAAUAUUGAAAAGUGAUCAAGUUACGCAACCAGGAUUUGUCAAAGUAAUUAAGAAUGAAGGAAUGCCUCAACAUCGAACAAAAUCUAAAGGAGAUCUGUAUGUAGAAUAUACAGUAGUAUUCCCUUCGGUUAUAGAUGAAAAGACAAAACAAGGAUUAAAAAAUCUUUUUCCUAAUACGGACCGAAUAACUCCAAAACACGAACAUAACGAAUUAUAG